AUGGAUACCAUAAUGGAAUGCGCCGACUCGCGUCAUUUAUGGGGUUCGCUCGCAGUUAUCGUCGCAUCAUCACUCGCACUACUCCUAUAUCGCGUCGUAUGGCUUCCCUAUCGGCUCGUCGUCGCAUGCAAACGACAAAACAUUCCGUUCCUGCCGUUCCGGCCUCUCAUUGGCCAGAUCCCUGAACUACAGUCGCAGUGGCAAGUCAUGGAGCCCAUUUCGCCUGCCACGUCAGCACCGCUCGGGCCCGAAACGGUCACUCCGCUGCUGUGCGACUGGAUUGCGCGAUUCGGGAAGGUGUUCGGAUUCGCUGCCGGCCCGCAACCCGCGCUGGUGCUUGCGGAUCCGGAUUUGGUGCAGCAGGUGCUCAUCGGACGGCCGGGAUGCUUCCAGAAGAUGCCGGCCGUGCAACUCGCGCUGAGCUUCGUGGGAGACGGUUUGCCGUUUGUUGACGGCGAAGAGUGGCUGCGGCAGCGCAAGGCCGUAAAUCCAUCUUUCAGCCAUGGCGCCGUCAAGCACGCGCUCUCCGUGAUGAACCGCCAGGCGCGCAAGGGGGUCGCGCGCCUGCUGCAGCGAAUCGCACAAGAAGGGCAGAAGGCGGAAGAGCGCACGGCGGAAGGAGGGCGCGCGGCGGAAGGGGCGCGCAAGGCGCAAGCGGGGCGCGAGGUGGAAAUUCAGGAGGUGCUAUUCGCGGUGACUCUGGACGUUAUCGGGCUCGCCGUGCUCGGCGCCGCCGUCAGCGGCGGCCGCGGCCGCGCCACCGCUGGCGUGAGCACCCUGGACGCGGGGAACGCGGCUGCAGAGGCGGCGGCGGAUGCGGAUGCGGAGGGGGAAGAGGAGGGCUGGGAGGGGGAGGAGGAGGAGGUGGGGGGAGGGGCGAUUGUGGAAGGAGGAAAGGGGGAAGGGCAGCGGGGAGUGGCGGGGAUAUACACGGUGCUGCACUCGCUGGUGAUUAAAGCCAUUGCACGGUUCUUCUCCGGCCGGGUCUUCAUCCCUCUCUACACACUCCUCCCCACGCCUGAGAACCGCACGCUGUGGGCGGUGGAGCAGCGGUUCCGCCAGCUGUUUGGGGAGCUGAUCGCUCGCAGGGCGCAUGGGGGCGCGCAGGGGCGGCUGGGGAAGGACAUUCUGGCGGCGCUGCUGGCGGCGGAGAUGAGGCGCGAGGAGGAGACACUCGCUGCUGCUGCUGCUGCUGCUGCUGCUGCUGGCGGUGGUGUUGCCACUGCUGGUGCAACUGCCGGUGCUGGUGGUGGCGUGCUGUCGGCUGCGCUGGUGAACAGGGUUGUCAACCAGUGUGCGACACUCAUCAUGGCUGGACACGAGUCAGUGGCGGUGCUGGUGAUGUGGAGCAUGUACCUGCUGGCCCGCCACCCGCACUGGCAGCAGCGGCUCCGAUCUGAGGUGGUGCGCGUGGUGGGGGGCGGAGGAGGAAGGGAAGAGAGGGAGGCGGGCACAGUUAAGGUGAACGAGAAAACUGAGAAGGAGGACGAGUCUGUGCAGGAUGAUGGAGCAGAGAGCAGCAGUAGCAGCGACAGCGGUGACAGCAGUAGUGGUGGCGGCAGCAGUGGGGAUGGCACGGACAGUGACAGUGAGAGUGACGCCAGCAGCAGCGACAGCACAGCCAGAGCGAGACACGGUUCUGUUCACGACAACGCAGGUCCGGCAGCACACACACAAGCAGCAGAGGCACGAGUAGCAGGCACAAGAGAAGCGGAGGCACGACCAAAGGAAGCUAACAGAGUGGAGGUCACAUGGGAGCAGGCGGGGCAGCUGAAGGACAUGCACAUGGUGCUGCUGGAAACUCUUCGCCUCUUCCCGCCCGUGCCCGUCGUCACGCGCACGAGCAAGCAGGACGUGCGCAUUGGCCCCUACGUCAUUCCCAAGGGCGUCGACCUGUUUCUGCCUGUCGGGUGCUUGCACGCUGACGAGCGCUACUGGGGGGCCGACGCACGCGAAUUCAAGCCCGAGAGGUUCCAAGAUGGACAGCAAGCAGCCUGCUCACACCCGCAGGCCUUCAUCCCUUUCUCCAGUGGUCCACGGGAUUGUGUUGGAGCCAUGUCGCGUAGAGCUGUCGACUCCGCUUCCGCCUCCCGCAAGAGCGCGCUUGCGGAGCUCGCUGCGCACCGCGCUAGCCGCCAGUCCGAUUUCGCUCCUCCUCCUGUCGCCAGCGACGAUGCCGGCGAUCAGGGGGACCAGGCAGUGCGACGCAAGCGACGGAUCGACACGUUCGAGCUGAAGGAGGAAGAUCGCCUGUACGACGUCGUCGACGAGUCGGAGUACCAGAAAAUCGUCGCACAGCGUCGCGCGGCGGGCGAGAACUUCGUGGUGGACGACAACGGGCUGGGGUAUGCGGACACGGGCCUGGAGGACGUGUGGGACCGACGCGACGACGACGACGACUCGUGGGAUGAGGACGAGGACGGCGGCAGACGGAAGAAGAAAGAGAAGAAGCCUGCAGGGCCCAGGCCGCGCCGGGAUGGCGUCGCCGCGCGGAAGGCGCUUUCCGCCGCCGCCGCGAUGAUGGGGAAGCGCCGUGGCGCCUCCAAUAUGUUUGCCGCUGCCGGCGCGCGCGCCGGCGGCCGGCAGGCUUCGGCACUGCCGGCCGGCGAGGCGCAAGCGGCGGAGGCGCUGCUGGAGGAGCUGAUUAACGACAUCGGUGCUGACGCGCACGAGCGCUUGCCAGACAAGAGAAGACGGAGAGGCGGCGGCGUGGCGGUGACCGUUACGCCCUCCGCGUGGCGGCCACUCGCACAGCACGCGAAGCCACCAGUCUACCCAGACGAUUUCCAUGACGCACCUGUCGUCACGCCGUCAAACGAGCCGGUCGUUUCUGCCGGCCGACAACAGCCGCCACCGCAGGCGCCGCCGUUUGCCGACGAUUCACCCUUUCCCGACAUGACCCCUGCCGCUGCGGCACGUGAGCACCAAGGGUUGAAUGCCGGUGCUGCUGGUGGAGGAGCAGGUACGGGUUCCGAGUCACCUAGUGCUAACGCAGAACCCAAUAGUACCGCCCGGAUAACUGGUGGUGGAGCUGGUACGAAGACAGGCGUUAAAGCAGAGUCUGGAGAGGAGAAAGUACCAGCAGCAGCGGCAGGCGAAGGGGUUGCAGCUGGGAAUGGUGCGGUAGAGGGAGGGCAGUCGGCCAAACCAGAUUCCGCCGAGGCGGGCCAGGCGCCGAAGCUGCAUGCUAGGCUCGGGGCGCUGGCUCAGGAGGAGAACGCGUCUGCGGCUUGGACGGCAGUAGCAGGGCAAACGGCUGUAGCAGGAAGUGCGGCUGUCGCAGGGUCAGAUGCGCCUGUGAGCGUGGAGGGGCUUCCGCUGGAUGCGGAUGGGAAGCUUCCGUUCUUCUUCCUAGACGCGGUGGAGGAGCCUUAUGGUGCGCUUCAGGGCACGGUGUUCCUGUUUGGCAAGGUGAGAGGGGGUCUGGGGGAGAGUAGAAAGGGGAUGCUUGGGAAGAGCGGCACCAGCAAUCCCAGCAGCAGCGGGUCGUUCGUGAGCUGCUGCGUGGGCGUGCAGGGCAUGCAGCGGUGCGUGUUCGCCGUGCCUCGCGAGGGGCUGUUUGAGGACUCCCAGCUGGCCGUGCUGGAGGCGGAAGAGCAGCAGGCCCGGGAGGAGGACGCGGGGAAAGCGGGGGUUGGGAAGGGCAAAGGCGGUGGGGUCAAGGGUCGUGGUGGGGGUAAGGGCGAGGAGGAGUCGGAGAGAGUGAAGGCUGCGCGGCUCAAGAAGAUGCGCAAGCUGCAUGAGCUAGCUACGCCUCUUAAGGAGGAGAUUCGCCAGCGACUCAUGGAGCGCCACGUGUCCUCCUUCUGCAUGAUGCCUGUCAAGCGUUCAUAUGCGUUUGAGAGGAAGGAUAUCCCACGAGGCGAGCAGUAUGUGCUCAAGAUCACAUACCCUUACUCGGAUGCCCCUCUGCCUUCCGACCUCACAGGCACGCACUUCAGUGCUCUGCUGGGCACCCACACCAGUGCGCUGGAGCUGCUGCUGCUGAAGCGGCGCCUCAAGUGCCCCUGCUGGUUGGCCAUCGAUCGCCCCACCCGCAUUCACCCUGGCUCCCAGAGGAGCCACUGCAGGGUGGAGGUGUCAGUGGCAUCGCCCAAGCUGGUGGCGCCAGCAGCAGCAGAGAACGACCCUCCGCCCCUGGUGGUGGCGUCACUGAACGUGAAGACGGUGGUGAACCAUGGGAAGAACGUCAACGAGGUUGCUGCUGUCUCCGUGGUCUUCUGCCGAAAUGCCAAGAUUGAUCGACCAAUGGCGCGCAGUGAGUGGAGUGGGGCGGCGUCGCUUGGACACUUCUCAGUGCUGAGGCGGCUGGAGGGGGUGAUGUCCCCCGUGGGAUUCGAUUCUGCCAUCGCUGCAGCCAAUCAGAGGGCGGGGCGGGACGGGCCAGUGCUGAGCAAGAAGGGCAGCGAGAGGGAGCUGCUGAGCUAUCUCCUGGCCCGAAUGGGAAGGCUGGAUGCUGACGUCAUCAUAGGACACGGACUGGCAGCGUUCGAUCUCACUGUGCUGCUGCAGCGCAUGCAGGUGGGCUCUCAGGUGUUUUUUCAGGCCUGUCGUGUGGGCAACUGGUCGGCGAUUGGUCGGCUCAAGCGCACCCAGAUGCCCAAGCUAGGGGGCGGCCCUGGCAGCAACUGGGGCGGCGGAGGGGCGGCGCCGGGCCUGCUGUCAGCUGUGGCCGGGCGGCUACUGAUCGACACGAGCGUUUCGUCUCGAGAGAUACUGCCGAAGGAAGUGAGCCACUCGCUGUCGGCGCUGGCGGCAAGUCAGCUGGGGCAGACGCGGAGAGAGGUGGCUGCGGCUGAGGUGCCGGGCAUGUAUGGCAGCAGCGAAUCCCUGAUGAAGCUGGUGGGGCUGGUGGAAACAGACGCAUGGCUGGCCCUCACGCUCAUGUUCCAACUCUCCGUGCUGCCACUCUCCCGCCAGCUCACCAACCUCAGCGGCAACCUUUGGAACCGCACACUGCAGGGAUCCCGGGCCCAGCGAAUCGAGUACCUCCUGCUGCACGAAUUCCACCGCCGGAAAUUCAUGCUGCCCGACAAGCUGACCACAAAAGAAAAAGAAGCUGCCAUCUCAUCGGCCGCUGCUACAGCCUCGGGCAAGAAAAAGAAACGCAAAGGAGCGGGAGGGGAGAAGCAAGAAAAUGCAGCAGGGGCAGGAGGGGCAGGAGAGGAUAUUACAGUGACCCGGGGGGUGGAAGGGGGAGAGGAAGAAGAGGGGGAUGAUGAGAAUACUCUUGAGGGCGCCGAGGGAGGAGCAGGAGGAGCCAGGGGGAAGAAGGGAGGACGAGGCGGAGGAGGGGGUGAGGGGAAGAAGGGUCCGGGGUACGCGGGGGGGUUGGUGCUGGAGCCAAAGAGGGGGCUGUAUGACAAGAUAGUGGCGCUGCUGGACUUCAAUAGCCUGUAUCCAUCCAUCAUCCGCGAAUACAACAUCUGCUUCACCACCGUCGCUUGCCCGGAGGACCCUGCGUCUCUCCCGCAAUUGCCCGACCCCGACCCCCCUGGGGUGCUCCCAGAGGUGCUGGGCAUGUUGGUGCAGAGGAGGCGGCAGGUGAAGGAUCUACUCAAGAGGGAGAACGACCCGGAUGAGAGGCAGCGCCUGGAGAUCCGACAACAGGCGCUCAAGCUCACUGCCAACAGUCCUCAUGCUCUCCUCAACACCCCCUUUGCACCCCUUCCCUCACCUUUUCCCCGCAACCCCUCCACUUACCUUUUCCCCACAACCCCUACCCUCCCUCUGUGCAGCAUGUAUGGCUGCCUGGGAUUCUCCAACUCUCGCUUCUUCGCCAAGCCCCUCGCUGAACUCAUCACCUCAAGGGUACACCUCCCCAUCCCAUCCCGGUCGUUCCGAACUCAUGCUAUUCUCUGUUCUAGCACGGUGGAUCUGGUGCAGAACAACCUGAACCUGGAGGUGAUAUACGGCGACACGGACUCCAUCAUGAUCAACACGGGGCUGGACGACCCCAGUCAGGCCAUUGCCAUCGCCCACCGCGUCAAGAAGGAGGUGAGGAGAAGGGGACAGGAAAGAUGGGGAGGGGGUAUGAGAGGUGGGGAGGGAGGAGAUGCGAUAUACGGCGACACGGACUCCAUCAUAAUCAACACGGGGCUGGAUGACCCCAGUCAAGCCAUUGCCAUCGCCCACCGCGUCAAGAAGGAGGCCAUUGCCAUCGCCCACCGCGUGAAGAAAGAGGUGAGGAUGGAGGAGAUUGAGAUGGACGGGCUAUUCCGCAGCAUGCUGCUGCUGAACAAGAAGUACGCCUCUGUCAGUCUGCUGAACAAGAAGUACGCCUCUGUCAGGCUGCUGAACAAGAAGUACGCCUCUGUCAGGCUGCUGAACAAGAAGUACGCCUCUGUCAGGCUGCUGAACAAGAAGUACGCCUCUGUCAGGCUGCUGAACAAGAAGUACGCCUCUGUCAGGCUGCUGAACAAGAAGUACGGCUCUGUCAGGCUGCUGAACAAGAAGUACGCCUCUGUCAGGCUGCUGAACAAGAAGUACGCCUCUGUCAGGCUGCUGAUCAAGAAGUACGCCUCUGUCAGGCUGCUGAACAAGAAGUACGCCUCUGUCAGGCUGCUGAACAAGAAGUACGCCUCUGUCAGGCUGCUGAACAAGAAGUACGCCUCUGUCAGGCUGCUGAACAAGAAGUACGCCUCUGUCAGGCUGCUGAACAAGAAGUACGCCUCUGUCAGGCUGCUGAUCAAGAAGUACGCCUCUGUCAGGCUGCUGAUCAAGAAGUACGCCUCUGUCAGGCUGCUGAUCAAGAAGUACGCCUCUGUCAGGCUGCUGAACAAGAAGUACGCCUCUGUUAGGCUGCUGAUCAAGAAGUACGCCUCUGUCAGGCUGCUGAACAAGAAGUACGCCUCUGUCAGGCUGCUGAACAAGAAGUACGCCUCUAUCAGGCUGCUGAUCAAGAAGUACGCCUCUGUCAGGCUGCUGAACAAGAAGUACGCCUCUGUCAGGCUGCUGAUCAAGAAGUACGCCUCUGUCAGGCUGCUGAACAAGAAGUACGCCUCUGUCAGGCUGCUGAACAAGAAGUACGCCUCUGUCAGGCUGCUGAACAAGAAGUACGCCUCUGUCAGGCUGCUGAACAAGAAGUACGCCUCUGUCAGGCUGCUGAACAAGAAGUACGCCUCUGUCAGGCUGCUGAACAAGAAGUACGCCUCUGUCAGGCUGCUGAUCAAGAAGUACGCCUCUGUCAGGCUGCUGAACAAGAAGUACGCCUCUGUCAGGCUGCUGAUCAAGAAGUACGCCUCUGUCAGGCUGCUGAUCCUGGGCUGGGACCCGGCGAGCCCCAGGGUGAACAAGCGGUAUAAACUCUUGGAAAUCGAGAUGGACGGGCUGUUCCGCAGCAUGCUGCUGCUCAACAAGAAGAAGUACGCCUCCGUCAAGCUGGUGCUGGGAUCCAGCGAGCCCCCCAAAGUGCUGCGAGAGGUUUCGGAGCACAAGGGGCUGGACAUUGUUCGGCGCGACUGGAGCGUGCUGUCUAAGGAGAUUGGCGGAUUUUGUCUGAAGCAGAUACUGUCCGGCAGGCCGCGGGAGGAGGUGGUGGAGUCGAUUCACAAUGAGCUGCGCAACUUGGCUGCCAGGUUACGAGCAGGGGAGGUAGAUCUGACAUCGUUCGUGAUCACCAAGACGCUCACCAAGCCGCCCGGUGACUACCCCGACGCCAACUCGCAGCCGCACGUGCAGGUGGCGCUGAGGAGGAAGAGGGAGGGGCGCACCGAGGGGUGCAACGCGGGAGACGCCAUUCCCUACGUCAUUGCCGUGCCACGGUGCGGUGGUAGUGGGUUGAGUGAGAUAUCCUCAUGUUGGCGUGUGGACGUGCUGAGGAGCAUAGAGAUCAAGUGGGACGACAGGGAACAUUACCUGUCACACCAGGUGCACCCCUUAAACACUCCUCUCUGCACCCCCUGUCACUCCUCUCUGCACCCCCUGUCACUCCUCUCUGCACCCCCUGUCACUCCUCUCUGCACCCCCUGUCACUCCUCUCUGCACCCCCUGUCACUCCUCUCUGCACCCCCUGUCACUCCUCUCUGCACCCCCUGUCACUCCUCUCUGCACCCCCUGUCACUCCUCUCUGCACCCCCUGUCACUCCUCUCUGCACCCCCUGUCACUCCUCUCUGCACCCCCUGUCACUCCUCUCUGCACCCCCUGUCACUCCUCUCUGCACCCCCUGUCACUCCUCUCUGCACCCCCUGUCACUCCUCUCUGCACCCCCUGUCACUCCUCUCUGCACCCCCUGUCACUCCUCUCUGCACUCUGCACCCCCUGUCACUCCUCUCUGCACCCCCUGUCACUCCUCUCUGCACCCCCUGUCACUCCUCUCUGCACCCCCUCAAUCAGGAAGUGAGGGAGCAGACACAGCAGUACCACCUGCUGGUCGCAGCAGCAGCGGUGCGGGUGGCAUAGCGGAGAGAGCUCGGCAUGUGGACGAGUUGAGGAGUGCAGAGAGCGAGUGGGACGUGGACAGGGAGUACUACCUGGCACACCAGGUGCACCCCGUGGUGGCCCGGCUGUGUGCUCCCAUUGAAGGCACCGAUGCCGCUCGCCUGGCCGACUGCCUUGGCCUCGACUCCUCCAAGUACCGGCAUGUGCAUGCGACGGCAUCAAUGGUGCGAGAUGAUGCCAUGCUGGCAGCCUCCUCCAUUCUGGAUGAUGAUGAACGCUACGCGCGCCUCCCCCCGCUGCAGUUCCUCUGCCCCUCGUGCCGCUUCCCCUUCGCCUUCCCCGGCGUGCCUGCCAUCGCCCAGGGGAGAGACCGAGAGGUGCUGGAGAGGGCUGGGGAGAGAGCAGGUGGAGCAGCAGGAAGCCGAGACAGCAGAGGGGAGGGGGAAAACGGAAAUGCAGGGGAGGGGAAGGAAGAAGGGGGGAAAGAGGAGGAGAGGGAGGUGCAGCCGCUGGCGUGUCCGCGCUGCAAGGAUGCCAAGCCGCUGUCGCCUGCCAUGCUGUCAAACCAGGUUAAGAGGCAGGCGGAGGCGUUCAUAUCGCAGUAUUACGACGCAUGGAUGCAGUGCGAUGAGGAGACGUGUGGGUGUGUGACUCAGAACAUGGCCACUCGCUUGGUUCAUUCUGACAGCUGCAGAGGGGGCCUCUGCCCCAACUACCCUCGCUGCCAGGGCACCAUGCGACGCCAGAUAUCCGAGGCAGACCUCUACCACCGCCUCUGCUAUCUCCGCCACUCCCUCGCAGUCACACGCACCCUUGCCAAGGUGAGAGACCCGGCUCAGUUAGCAGCAGCAGAGCGCAAGCUUCAGCCAAUCAGGAGGGCCUUGGAUGCAGCCCAUGGGGUGGUGGAGCGGAUGUGUGACAGCUCAGCAUACAAAUGGGUUAAGAUGGGUGACCUCUGUGUUACAUAG